CGCAUGCGCAUCGGCUGGGUCGGUGUCGGCGUGAUGGGCCGACACAUGGCUGGCCACCUCAUGGCGGCGGGCCAUGAGCUCUCGGUAUUCAGCCGCACCGCCUCCAAGUGCGCGCCGCUGGUAGAGGCUGGAGCUCGGCUGGCGUCGUCGCCUAUGGAUGCCGCCUAUGGAGCCGACGCAGUGUUCACGAUGGUUGGAGCGCCCUCAGAUGUCGAGCAGGUCACACUUGGCGGCGGCGGCGUGCUGGAGGCGCUGGAGCCAGGAUCGCUGCUGAUUGACUGCACCACGAGCACACCCAGCUUGGCGCAGAGAGUCGCCGCGGCCGCAGCGGGCAAGGGUGUGCUGGCGCUGGACGCGCCCGUGAGCGGAGGCGACGUCGGUGCCGAGGCGGCGUCACUCUCCAUCAUGUGUGGCGGGAGCGACGAGGCGAUGGGCGGCAGCGGUUACCUGCUCGACCUGCUGGGCAGUCGCGUGCUGCACAUGGGGCCUGCCGGAGCGGGGCAGCACACCAAGAUGUGCAACCAGAUCCUCGCAGCCAACAACAUGCUCGGCGUGUGCGAAUCGCUUCGCUACGCGUCGGCGGCGGGGCUGGACGCCGACGCGGUCGUCCGCGCAGUCGGCGCCGGCGCGGCGGGCUCGUGGGCGAUGAACAACCUCGGGCACAAGGUCGUGGCGAACGACUUUGCGCCCGGCUUCAUGAUCGAGCACAUGGCCAAGGAUUUGGGCAUCGCCGUGAGCGAGGCGGAGCGGCUGGGCCUGGAGCUGCCCGGACUCGCAAACGCACGGAGGCUGUACGACGCGCUGCUGGCGGCCGGGCACGGGAGGGACGGGACGCAGGCGCUCGUCCUAGCCCUCGACUCCCCAACCAACCCUGCCGUGAGCCCCUGCCGAUAGAGAGCCGUUCACGCAUGAGACAUGGGGACCCGCGGGUAAUAGGAGCGUGAGAUAUCAGCAUAAUAAGUCAAAAAAAAAGUUCGGGGGUGGAUGUGGUCGGCGUAAGUAAGUACACACUACUCUCUGACUACAUGCGACAUGUGAGAUCUGCGGGACUCUUGGACGUAUGCACUCUAUACGUUGCACAUGUACGUGCAUAUGCACUGGCACGAUCGGGAGCGCGACGCUUACGGCCAUGCGUGUUUGAGGUGCGUCGGCCAGUCGCGGCGAAGAGAGCCCGAAGAGGCCGAAGCGAACGCGGUGCACCGCAAUAAACUACCAUCAGAAACGGCCGGCCUCCUUGCCCUCUCGCAAAGCGGCGAGGGCGGCGUCCUUCUCCGCGUAAGCAGCCUCCAGCGUCGCUGCCCACUCCUCCGCCUUGGCAUCGAACUCCGCCUGCUUCUCCGGUGGGUAGUUGUUCCGCUCGCGCCCGGCUAUUGCGGAGAGUCGUGCCACCUUCUCUUCGCGCACCGCAGUGUUGAGCUGCUUCUGCGCGUCCUUCAGCCGCUUGAUCUCGGCAAAGCCAGCAGAGUUGAGGCGCGGAUCAUCUGCGAGCACCGGAGCAGAGCCGAGCAGCGGUGCGGCGGCCAGCGCGCGAACGGCGGUGCGGCGGUUGAGGACUAGGGUGAGGCCGCUCGCGGGAGAGAGGACGGCGAGGAGAAGGAGCGGCAGGAGACGAGGCGACAUCGUG